AGUUGUCGUAUGUGUAUACAUAAAUACAUGCGAAUGCGUAAGUAAUCAAGUACGAGCACCUGCAGAUGCACCAAAUUUUCACAGAUCAGAAAAAUAUUUAAUCGAUAAAUGUGUUACAUGAUCAAGAGAUAAAACCAACGAAUAUAGAAAGCGAAUAAUACAAAGAAAUAAGGAACAAAUGUGCUUAAAAGCGUUGUAUUUGUUCAUGUGAUUGAUCGUAACCUUUGUUUACAUGUGUACUUCAGUUUCUGUUUCGUAAGUUACCAGUACGUUUCACGGAAUACAGUUAAAAAUGGUACCACUAGGACCAUCACCGGGACAUCAAACAUCCGUUAAUAACACUGCAAGUGCUCCAGCGACUGGUACGAAAAGCAGUUCGACAUUGAAACCAAAUUACACUUUAAAAUACACUUUGGCGGGUCAUACCAAAGCAGUGUCCUCUGUGAAAUUCAGUCCCAAUGGAGAAUGGCUAGCCAGUUCUUCUGCAGAUAAAUUAAUAAAAAUAUGGGGAUCCUACGAUGGAAAAUUUGAAAAAACCAUAUCUGGUCAUAAGCUCGGUAUUUCAGAUGUGGCGUGGUCUAGCGAUAGUAGACUACUAGUGUCUGCUUCCGAUGAUAAAACUUUAAAGAUAUGGGAAUUAAGUUCUGGGAAAUGUCUAAAAACAUUGAAAGGCCAUAGUAAUUACGUAUUUUGUUGCAACUUUAAUCCGCAGUCGAACCUGAUAGUUUCCGGUUCUUUCGACGAAAGUGUUCGAAUAUGGGAUGUUAGAACUGGAAAGUGCCUGAAAACGUUACCCGCUCAUUCCGAUCCCGUAAGUGCUGUUCAUUUUAACAGGGAUGGAUCGCUGAUCGUGUCUAGUAGUUACGACGGGUUAUGUCGAAUUUGGGACACAGCAUCCGGUCAGUGUUUGAAAACUUUAAUAGACGACGACAAUCCACCGGUAUCUUUCGUCAAAUUUUCGCCAAAUGGAAAAUACAUUUUAGCAGCGACGUUAGAUAAUACGUUGAAACUUUGGGAUUAUAGUAAGGGAAAAUGCUUAAAAACAUACACAGGUCAUAAAAAUGAAAAGUAUUGCAUAUUUGCAAAUUUUUCGGUGACGGGUGGAAAGUGGAUCGUGUCAGGUUCAGAAGACAACAUGGUAUAUAUUUGGAAUUUGCAGACAAAGGAAAUUGUUCAGAAAUUGCAAGGUCAUACAGAUGUUGUGCUUUGUACGACGUGUCAUCCGACAGACAACAUUAUAGCUUCGGCUGCUCUCGAAAAUGAUAAGACUAUUAAACUAUGGAAGAGUGAUACAUAGAAUGGAAAUGUUGUUUACGAUGUUUAAUCUUAGGUACUAGAGGAAAAAAGACGUUCGCAUCCUACCAGAAACAGUCUCCGUUUCUCCUUUUUUCUUACCCUGUAUAAUUACUCAGUUUUACAGUUUCUUAUAAAAAAUUAUAAUUUUACCAAUGUUUAGUAAUUUUUAUCAAGAAUUGUGUAUACUGCGUAUGUGUGUAUAUGUGUGUGUGUGUGUGUGUGUGUGUGUGUGUGUGUGUGCUGUGUGCGCGAGCGAAGAAACCGCAGGAUGCGUGCAAUGGAACGUAUAAUUUUUAUCGAAUAUAGUGUCGAGUAGAGUGUUGAAUGCAUAAGGCAAACGUAUUUGACGCAGCACUGUUUUAUACAAAAAUUCUGAUUAGAGUUCAAUUAACUGAAUAAUAUAGAUGUAAUUUAUUAACAAUUACGGUCAAAGUUAAGAGUAAUAAGAAACCGAAGGAUAGGAAUAUAAAAUGUAAUUUUAAAAGUUAUAUUUAGGCGACGAUUGUUCUUUUUAUCGUUUUCAUAUUUAUUCUAUAGUUGAUCGAUUAUGAUUACGAUAAACAUAAAAGGAACAUACUCUUUUUAUCUAUAGCCGAAAAAAAAAUCGAACAUAGGUUUUAAGACGUUGCAUCGAUCUUGUAUCAUCUCGCUUAAGAGAAAAAAAGAAAACUAAAAUAUAUACAUAUACACGCACAUGAUGUGUGUAUGUACGUAUACAUGUAUUAUAUAUGCCUAUGUGCAUGUUUAUAUGUGUGUAAAGAAUGAAAAUCGCAGAAAGAGUAAAGGAAUAAAAAUGAAUUCUUGUAACGUAAAAAUAUAUAUAUGUAAAUGAGGCGAAAGAAAUAUAUUUUCGUACCUGAGAUGAAUUGUUUCGCAAAUUUGAUUUCCUUUCGCUUAAUCUAUAUGUUAUCGGAUCGAAGUAUAAAAACUAUAAAUCGGUAUUUCACAUUUUAUUAAAGCACA